AGCCGGCGAGAAGCGCUUCCGGGUUCGCGAGGGCUGAGGCGCCGUCAUGUGACAGCAGCUUAAAGGGGAAGCGGCGGCUGCAGGGGUAGCAGCAGCGCUGGUCGCGCACACAGGCCCGCGGAGGUGGCGGCAGCGCCGGCAGGGCCCCAGCCAUGGCCGACGACCUGAAGAGGUUCCUGUACAAGAAGCUGCCGAGCGUUGAAGGUCUUCAUGCGAUUGUGGUUUCAGACAGAGACGGAGUGCCUGUUAUUAAAGUUGCCAAUGAUAAUGCUCCAGAACAUGCGCUGCGACCAGGCUUUCUGUCCACCUUUGCCCUUGCCACAGAUCAGGGCAGUAAACUGGGACUGUCUAAAAACAAAAGUAUCAUCUGCUAUUACAAUACGUACCAGGUGGUGCAGUUCAACCGCUUGCCUUUGGUAGUAAGCUUCAUUGCUAGCAGCAAUGCCAAUACCGGGCUGAUUCUAAGUCUAGAGAAGGAGCUCGCACCCCUGUUUGAAGAACUGAGGCAGGUUGUUGAAGUUUCUUAGCCUGAUGGUACAGCCGGAGUGCAGCAUCCCUCUGCAGCCCAGUGGACAGAUUCAAUAAUCCUCAGUUAAAUAACACACCUCAGAAGAAAUACCACAGCUCCUUAGUAUACUAAGUAAGAGUAAAUUGUACAUAGUACUGAAUCUGAAAUGAUCUACUAGUGUGUUGUAGGUGGAUGUUACUUUAGGCCAUGCUUCUUGUAUCGUGCAGUACUGAAGAGACCACCAAAAUAGCUCCCAUGGAGUUUAGCUCUGCCAGAUCGGCCUGAUGCCACUGGCUCACAUGAGCAACCCACAGAUCCACAGAUCUCUUGCUUUACAGGAAACCAGGCAGGUAUUGGGGUGUGUCCUACUAUGUGUUGGAAGGCAGAUUGGUUGUACAGUGUUAUCAGAGUUGUGGUUGAAGGAGUUACUGUGAGAGCAAGUUUACUAGUAGCCGUGAUGUUGGUACAAUCAAUAAAUAUCCCAGCUUUCUCACAGGGGUGAGACUUUUGGCAAGGGAAUGCUACUAAUCUGGAUGCUAGCUGCAUCCUGCUUCCAUCGAGAAGAAAGCUAUUUCUGUGAAAGCUGUUGCCUCAGGGGUUUUCCUGAUGCCCAGAUAAAAGCACCUGAACAAUGUCUCAUUUUUCUUCAUGGGGUUUUUGUGUAAUAUAGUUGUGAAGAUCUCGUCUCAUAGUCUUUGUGUGGGUUCAUCACUGGCGACUCUCGGCUCAUUUACCCCUAGGUUUCCUAAGUAAAUACAUAUAAAUAAAUACAGUAUUUUUAAAUGACA